AUGGACCGAGUAAUUAUCAUUGGUGCCGGUGUCCUCGGUCUAAGCUCUGCUGUGGAGCUCUCGAAACAUGGCUAUAAAGUCACGGUCGUUGCCCGAGAACUCCCAGGGGAUUAUAGUGUCGAUUACGCUUCCCCAUGGGCGGGGGCGCAUUUCCGCCCCUCCCCCGCAAACACCGUUGCGGAGCGGCUAGAACAGUCUCUCAUGCGAGAGACCUACCGAGAAUUCGAAAAAAUCGCAGAAAUACCCGAAGCAGGGGUGAACUUUAUACCGGCGGUUGAAUAUUUUGAUGCUCCUUCAUUACUCGACAGUGGUUAUACCGAAUGGCCGGGCUUUCGCAUUCUCGAGGCGACGGAGUACCCCUCUGGCCAUGAGUCUAUUCGGCUUGGUGUGACCUACCGCGCCUGGGUUUUGAAUUCUCCAGCAUAUCUCCAAUGGUUGCAACGCCAGGCAGAAAAAUAUGGGGCUCAAUUCAUCAAAGCAGAGUUGGGAGAUCCACAACAGGCUGUGGCUGUUUACCGUGCGAGCCAACCACACGGUGUUGCGAGUGAUGUUAUCGCGAUAGUCAAUGCAAGUGGUCGAGGUUUUGACGAUCGUGAUUCGUUCCCAUCGCGUGGUCAAUUCAUCAUUGUCUCGAAUAAGUGCGAUCAGACGAUCAGCCACCACUGGGCCGAUGGCUCUUCUACAGUCAUCAUCCCCCGGCCUCUUGGCGGAGGGACUGUGAUUGGCGGGACGAAAGAACCUCAUGACUGGUCCGAGAACAUAUCGAAUGCUUCAACCGCCCAAAUUCUCCAGCGGGUUGGGGACCUAUGCCCCAAUAUGGUUGAUCGAGGCACCGCAGACGUAGGAAAUACGCAUGGCUUCCAUGUGAAGCAGGUCUAUGUUGCUCGCCGCCCUAUGAGGAAAGGCGGACUCCGACUCGAAAAGGUAGAUCUCCGGAUCCAGGAUCUCCAAGCCACUCUUCCCUUGAUCCACUGUUAUGGCGCCGGGGCAAGUGGUUACAAAGUCAGUUGGGGGGUUGCAAAGCAAGUCAACGAAAUUGUGUCUCACAUGAGCACUAUAUCGGGUUGA